GCAAGUGGGGAUGUUGAAGUUUGUUCCUGUUUCCCGUCACGUCAGUCUGUUCACUCGAUAAUACCCAGAUACACACACAUCAUGAACUUAUUUACUUCGAACGACCACUUCACGCCAGUCUUUGUUCUCCUCGCUGCUUGAGUGGUCUGGACCGCUCUGGUGCGAAACGCCGGCAGCUUCCGACGUUGAUGGGCGAGUCGGGAGUGCUGACUGUACCGUAUCUUUUUCCGGCUUCCCGGGGCCUGCGGUUCGCUUGCUGCUGAUCCCAGGCAACAGCUUGUUGUGUUGUUCUGGAUUUCCAGCAUCUGCAGAAUCUCUUGCGGUUAGGGGGGUGUGUGUGUGUGUGUGUGUGUGUGUGUGUGUGUGUGUGUGUGUGUGUGUGUGUGUGUGUGUGUGUGUGUGUGUGUGUGUGUCUGUCUGUCUGUCUGUCUGUCUGUCUCUGUGUGGAGUCGGACGGAAGUUGUGAACAUGGCCUCCAGCAAGCAGUUCACGCGUUUGACCGACCUGAUCACCUGCCCCGUCUGCCGUGACCUGCUCGCCGCUCCGGUCACACUGGGCUGCGGCCACAACUUCUGCUGCUCCUGCAUCACGCAGCGCUGGGAAAGGGAGGCGAGGAAAUGCUGCCCGGAGUGCGGGGAGGAGUUCGCGGCACAGAGCCUCCGGGUUAACCGGGCCUUGGCGGGCUUGGCCGAGAUGAUUCAAAACAUCACCCUGAAGCCCGGAGAGGAAGAGCGGCCCUUCCGCUGCGAGGAGCACCAGGAGGAACCGAAACUCUUCUGUGAAACCGACAGCAAGCUGAUCUGCUAUUCUUGCGUGGCGGCGCGGGAACACAGGGAGCACCGCUUCCUGCCCAUUAAAGAGGCCGUGGACGCCUACAAGGGACAAGUGAAAUCUGCCCUGGACUCCCUGGCACAGACCAAGUCAGAGAUCCUGAGGAAGGAACAGCAGCAGAGGAGGGAUAUUGCCAGAGUCAGGGAUGAUUUACACAGACUGCAGACCCACAUUGCAUCUGAGUUCAGUAAAAUGCACCAAAUCCUCACCGAGAAAGAAGGGCUUUUAAUCAGAGAUCUGAGUGCGGAUGGUGAGAGGGUUCUAAACACAAUGGAGGAAAAUCUACGACACAUUCAAGAUCAAUUACGUUCUGUUGAGAACAAGUUCUCCACCCUGCAGAAACACUUGGAGCAAGACGAUAGUCUGAUCUUCCUGAAGGAGGAAGUUAGUUGGAAGAACAGAUGCCGUGAUGCUGAUCACUCGGUGUCUGUUGUUCAGAGCGGACUGUCUCUAGAAAAGUUCUGCGGCCCUCUGCAGUAUAUCGUGUGGAGAGAAAUGAUUGACGCCAUUAACCCCGCUCCAGCCUCUCUGACUGUCGAUCCGAACACAGCGAACCCCUGGCUCAUUGUGUCUGAGAACCGGACCAGUUUAAGGCUUGGAGCGAAAAGGCAGCGGGUCCCAGACAACCCGGAGCGGUUCGAUCCCUGUCCGUGUGCGCUGGGAUCGGAGGGAUUCAGGUCAGGGAGGCACUACUGGGAGGUGGAAGUGGGAGGGAAGACUGAGUGGGAGAUUGGGGUGGCCCGAGAGACCGUGGAGAGAAAAGGGGAGUUCACUCUGAGCCCCGAGAAUGGACACUGGACCGUAGGGCUGGAACCCGAAGGAGACUUGGUUGCCUUUACCUCGCCCUCUGAGACAUCCCUCUCCCGGAGAGAGAAACUCCGGAAAAUCGGUGUGUUCCUGGACUACGAGGGUGGCCAGAUAUCGUUUUACAACGCGGACGACAUGUCCCAUCUCUACACCUUCUCCCAAACGUUCACUGGGAGACUCUUCCCCAUCUUCAAUCCGGGACUGAAUGACGAUGGGAAAAACUCGUCCCCGCUGACAGUCUGCGGGGGUUUGGGCCACCAGUGAGUCCGUCCUGUACUUACACUCUGCCCUCUUACUGCCGCUGGGCAGAAGCGGGCCACACUAGAAUCAGCGCCCAGCACGCCGCCCUAUAGCGUAAGCCGGUGGGAGCUGCAAAUAAUACUUAGUUUAUUCAUAGAACACUCUUCAUACAGGUGAUGUAGCUACUUACAAUGGGAUAUAAAGUACACAUAAGAAAAUAAAGUAUGAGCCUGCUAAAUUCAAAGAGGUUAUGUCAGAACUGUUUAACAAAGGUUUAAAGCCGUCUCUUCAUUAUCCUGCUCGUCUUAGAAUCACUCUACAAGAUGGUUCUAAAGAAUGGUUUCGCUCGAAUGAAGAAGCCCAGGAUUUCUUAAAAACAAUGGAUUGACUGUUUAGUAUCUUGCUAUAUGAAUAAUUACUUCUCUUACUUUUGGUGAACCUUCGCAGCUAAACUUCCUUGUGAUUUAAAUGCAUUAAUUAGAGAAUAAGAUUUUAAUGAGUUAAUAGUGUGAUUAUAUGUUAUGAAUUUUGAUGUUUUUUAUUAUUUUAUACACUUUUCUCGAGGUUUUUUUUAAAUCAAUAUAACUUAGUUUGGGUAUUUUUGUUCUAUUGUUUUGAAACUGCAAUAAGUAAUCUAUUUGUGUUCUUGUUAUGAGGGUUAAGUUGUUUUUUGGCCAUAUAUUUAGUCUAGCUUGGAAUACAGUUGACCUUGGAAUUAAUUAGGAGUCAAAUUCAGCAGGUUGUUUUGGGAGGGUGAUGUCAUUAUGUGUAGCUGCCACCCUUCUUUUGGCUGGCCUUCUGACUUUGGGAGGGGGGAGGGGGGUGUCUCUUUCCAGGAGCUGUCUUGAGAUGUUAGUCGAAUCUGUUGCUUGGUUACCCUAUUUCAAGGCUUAUUGUUUGGUUUUAAUGUUCAUUUUACUCGUCUUUUCAGUAGAUAGAAAGGACUACAUUUUCACUCUUUUUCCAGGCUAAGUCUAGGGGAGUUUGGAUUUUUAUGGAUAAUACAGUUCCCUUUGUAGGGGAUUUGCAGCCCGUUCUUUAGUUAGAAAGUAGUGACUGAUACUAAUGGGAGUUUUGUCAUGGUGUCAGGAAAAUUAGAUAAUAAAUUAAUGGCAUUUCCCAAUCUGUAUGCUCCGAAUACAGAUGAUCUAGGAUUUUUUGAGCAUUUUUUAUUUUGUUUCUCCCAGAUUUGAGCCUUUACUUAUUGGUGAUGUGGGAGAUUUUAAUUGCUGGUUAGAUCCAUUUUGAGAUAGGUCAUCCCUUAAAACAGCGACAACUAAUAAAUCAGCUUUGUUUAUUCAAUCUUUUUUAAUGAAAUGCGCUAUUGAUGUAUGGAGUUUCUUACGUUCUCUAGAUAGGGAGUAUUCAUUUUUUUCUCAUGUCCAUCACACAUAUUCCAGGAUUGAUUACUUUUUUAUUGAUAGUCAAAUGAUUCCUUUAGUUCAAUCCUGUGAAUAUAAAGAAAUUGCUGUUUCGGAUCAUGCUCUGGUGCUUUUAUCUUUAAAUCUCCCCGGUCUUUCUCAAAUAAACAGAUCUUGGCAUUUUAAUUUAACUUUGUUAUCUGAUAAAGAUUUCUUAAAAUUUCUGGAGAGACAAAUUAUUCUUUUUUUGAAUAGAAUACUUUGGAAGAGACUUCUAGUCUUAUUAUAUGGGAUGCCUUUAAGGCUUUUAUUAGAGGUCAAAUUAUUUCCUAUACUGCAAGUGUCAAGAAAAAAGCUAAUAAAGAGAGAAUUGAGUUAGCUAAUCAGUUGAAACAAUGAGACCAAAAAUAUGCCUUGGCUCCAUAUCUUGCUUUAUAUAAAAGGCAUGUUCCUCUUUUUAUCCAAUUGAAACUCAACUUUUAAAAGAUAGAAGUCAAUUUUAUAUCCACGGAGGCAAAACAGGUAAAUUAUGGGCUAACAACAGGAAUUCUGCAGAUGCUGGAAAUUCAAACAACACACAUCAAACAACACACCUCAUCUAGGAAGAGGUGCAGUCGGCGUUUCAGGCCGAGACCCUUCGUCAGGACUAACUGAAGGAAGAGUGAGUAAGGGAUUUGAAAAUUGGAGGGGGAGGGGGAGAUCCAAAAAAAAUUAUUGGCUAACUAAUUAAAAACCUUUAUAGCUAAAUGGCAAAUUAAAGAAAUUUGUAAAGUCAAUGGUGAUAGGACAACUGACCAUUUAGUAAUAAACAAUAUUUUUAAAGAAUUUUAUUCUAAUCUUUAUAGUUCUGACCCUCCCAAAGAUACUGUAAUGAAUAAUUUUUAGAUCAAUUAAACAUUCCUGCACAUUCUGUUGAUAACCAAAAACAGUUGGAUCAACCUAUUUUGUAUGAGGAAAUUGCCGAGGCUGUACGUUCCUUGCACUCGGGGAAAGCUCCGGGUCUUGAUGGAUUUUCUGCGGAAUUUUAUAAGGCUUUUUCCUUACUGCUUAUACCUCAUUUAUGUGCAGUUUUUUCAGACUCCUUUAAGUUGGGUAGGUUGCCACAAUUUUUUUAUGAAGCUUCUAUUUCACUUAUUCUUAAAAAGAAUAAGAACCCAACCAAAUGCUCUUCAUACAGACCAAUCUCUUUACUUAAUGUUGAUACUAAAAUCCUAUCUAAAGUUCUGGCCCGUAGAAUUGGAAAUAUUUUACCAUCUAUCAUUUCUGAUGAUCAGACAGGAUUUAUUAAAAAUCGAUAUUCCCACUUUAAUAUUCAUCAUUUAUUAAACAUUGUUUAUUCCCCUUCACAUAUUGGAAUGUGUGAUUUCUUUGGAUGCUGAGAAGGCUGUUGAUCGAGUUGAAUGGAAUUAUUUAUAUAAAACUUUAGAAAAAUUUAAUUUUGGGCCCGAUUUUAUUCAAUGGAUUAAAUUACUUUAUCUAUCUCCUUCUGCUAGGGUCCUUACUAAUUUUCAGUAUUCCAAUCCUUUUAAACUUCAACGUGGAACUGGACAAGGUUGUCCCCUGAGCCCUUUGCUCUUUGAUUUGGCUUUAGAACCCUUAGCCGUUGCUUUUCGAGAAUCUAAUGAUAUUACUGGUGUUCUAAGGAGAGGGACAGUUCAUAAAGUUUCGCUUUGUGCUGAUGACCUAUUGCUUUUUAUUUCUAACGUCGAGACUUCACUACGUCCUGCGCUUUCUCUACGUUCUUGUGUUAGCCAGUUUUCAGGAUACAAACUGAACUUACAUGAGAGUGAACUUUUUCCUCUGAAUAAUUUGUUAUUAAUACUAACCUUCCUUUUAAAAUUGUAAGAAAUCAAUUUAAGUAUUUGGGUGUAACAAUCACCAAGAAUUAUAAAUACCUAUUUAAUGAAAAUGUUCUUACCUUACUGAAUUUUGUAAAGAGAACACUAUCAAACUGGUCGCCUUUUUCAUUAUCCUUGAUUGGCUGAAUUAACUCCAUUAAAAUGAAUAUUUUACCUAAAUUUAUAUACCUUUUUCAGGCAUUACCUGUUUUCAUUCCUAAAUUUUCUUGACUCUCUCAAUUCUAUUAUAUCUUAUAUAUGGAAAAACAAACAUUCUUGACUAAAUAAAGUUUAUCUUCAAAAAUUUAAGAAGAAUGGAGGUUUAGUUUUUCCAAAUUUUAGGUUUUAUUAUUGGGCAGUAAAUAUACAAAAUCUUACGUUUUGGGCAUACUAUAUUAACCAUGAGGACUGUCGGUUAUGGGUUUUUUUAGAAGGUAACCCUGUUAAUAAAUUUUCUAUUAUUUCUCUUCUCGGAUCCUCACUCACUUUAUCCUUUAGUAAACUAACUGAAAAUUUGGUAGUUAAGCAUACUUUGAGGAUCUGGGUACAAUUUAGGAAAUUCUUUGGCCUAUUGAGAUUUUCUUUGUCUGGUCCCAUUUGUUCUAACUAUUUUUUUAAACCUUUGAUGACUGAUUCAGUUUUUAAAGAAUGGGAUAGAUUGGGUAUUAAAUACUUCCAGGAUUUGUUUGUUGCAGGAAGUCUUCUUUCGUUUGAGCAAAUGUCAGCUAAAUAUAGUUUACCCAAAACUCACUUUUUUCAUUUAUUUACAAAUUCGAGACUUUGUGUUCUCAACUAUAUACAUUUCCUAUAAGUUCCAAUAAGGACUUAUUAGAUGUAAUUUUUAAUUUGAAACCUUUUUAUAAUGGUUCAAUAUCCAAUAUUUAUGGUAUGUUGCUAGGAAUGAGAAAUGUUCCUAUAGACAAAAUUAAAAAUCUUUGGGAACAAGAUUUACAGACUUCAGUCUCUGAGGAAACUUGGAAUGAAAUUUUUAAAUUGGUUAACACUUCAUCGUUAUGUGCCCUUCAUUCCCUCUGACAAUUUAAAGUGGUUCGUGGGGCUCACAUGUCUAAAGAUAAACUAUCUCGUUUUUAUUCGGAUAUAUCUCCUUUCUGUGAUAGAUGUAAUAAUGGAGAAGCUUCAUUAAUUCACAUGUUUUGGACAUGUCUGAUCCUUGAAAGAUACUGGGAGGAAGUAUUCCAAACUUUCUCGGUACUUUUCAAGGUAAAUUUUAAGCCUAACCCUUUGAGCGCAUUAUUUGGUAUUGUUGGAGGAAAAGACUUUAUCUUAGAGACACCUGAUUUGCAUAUUUUGGCUUUCGUCUCUCUUGUAAGCUAGGAGGGCGCUCUUGCUUAAAUGGAAGGAUGGCGUUCCGUCUACUCAUGCUCAAUGUUUACGAGAUGUUAUGUCAUGUUUAAAUCUAGAGAAGAUCCCUUGUUCAGUUUUUGAAUCUAGCCAAGACUUUUAUACAUUGUGGGGACCAUUUUUGAGUUAUUUUCAAAACCUCUGAUUUGUUGUAAAAGUACAGAUGGUGGCUAAUAAUAUAUUUUAUUAUAUGAUAAGGGUUUCUCCCCCCUUUUAUCUUGCUUUCCCUAACAGCUCUGACUUUGAAGGUGGGUUUUGAUUUUUUUUUUCUGUAUAACAAAAUUAUUAUAUUUCAAUAGUACCAUUUAAUUUUUAUGAAUACAGGGUUUUGUGAUUGUAACUGUUUUUAAUACAAUGGAUUUGGUACUAUUUUAUUUUUUCUUUUGACUUGUAUAUCUUUUUGUACUCUGUACUCUUCUACGCAGAAACUAAUAAAAUUUUGAAAGAGAAAAUAAAGUUUAAAAAAAAGAAAAUGAAAGAAAAAGGUGUUAGUUAAAAGCAACAAUAAAUAAAUAGGUUUUGAUCUGGUGUUUAAAACUGUACUGAGUCUGCAUCCCUUCGGGUUUUAGGUGUUGAAUUCCACAGA